CUGUAGUUAUAUAUUACCAUAAAGUUAUAUCUUCAGAAAACUCCUAAGUGUUUUUUCUACCAAGGAUUUUACAAGUUCAUUCAUAUUUAGAAGCGAGAUUAAUUUUGUGUUUCCUUAUAAUAGGUAUGAUGGACGCUUGGAAUACCAGUUUCAAACAGAAUAUUUGUCUUUAAAGUAAGAUAUACAUAUCCGUCAUUUAUAUAUAAAUAAAAAUUUAUAAGAAAACUACACGGAUAUCUGGUAAUAGUUCUGAGCUUAUAUACAGAAGUGAUGGAAGGUGCGGAAAAUAUUCACAACAGACAGAUUUUCACUGUUUCUGGAAAAGACAUUACACGGGCUCCCGAUGAGUGGCGACGAAUUACAGGAGGGAAACAUCUUGUCCCGCCAUCUGCAGUAGAACCCAGUGUCAUAAAGCUGUAUCCUAGCAACCGCAUCCGAGAUAUACGUCCUAUUAAUUACAGCGAAAAUGAUCAAAACUCUCUUCGUAGAUCUAUGAGUUCUUUUAUGCUGAUUGCUCAGUGCUUCGCGCUCUGUCCCGUACAGGGGAUCACCAGCCCACAAGUUCAAGAUCUGAGGUUCAGAUGGCGCUGUUUGCGUGUCGUGUAUUCCAUCGUCAUGACGUUGGGAAUGGCGACAACAUUUAUAUUUACCAUCGCCUUUUAUAUGAAAGGCUUUUUUAAUUUCGAGACAUCCACUACUUUUGUGUUCUAUGCCCUUGGCUUUGCCUGCUGUGUCUGCUUCUUAAAUCUGGCCCGAAGAUGGCCACGUCUUGAGGAUCUGUGGCAAAGAACUGAACAGGAACAAAUUAAAUACGGAUAUCCAAAGAAUCUUCAUUUGAAGAUUAACGUUAUGUCGACUGUAACACUCGCUGUAGCACUUGGAGAACACCUGCUAGAAAAGUAUACUGUGAUCUCUGCUGUAGCUCGUUGUUCAGACACCAAGGCAGAACUCAUUGAACUCUACUAUCUCAUGGACUAUAGCUAUGUAUUUCAGUUCGUCAAGUUUUCACCGCCUCUAGCCGUUUUGUGUGAAAUCGUAAAUUUCUUUGCCUCAUUUUAUUGGAACUUCAUUGACCUCUUUGUAAUGGUUCUUAGCAUGGCGCUAUCAAGUCGUUUCCGCCUGCUUAACAACCACCUAAGACUGGCACUGGGAAAGGUUAAACCUGAAGAAUUUUGGAGAGAGGUUCGUGAGGACUACAACAGCCUCUCAGUCCUGACGAAGUACCUCGACUCCUGCAUAUCCAGCAUCGUACUGCUUUCGUUUGCUACAAACAUGUUCUAUAUCUGUCAGCAGCUUUACAACACUCUCAGGAAAUCCGUCGGAACUGUGAAGCUGGUCUACUUCUUCGUUUCGUUCAGCUACCUGUUGUUCAGAACAGUUGCCGUGUCCCUUUGUGCGUCCAGCAUACACGAGGAAAGCCGAGCUGCCAAAGAUUUCUUAUACGCUGUGCCUACACAAAGUUACAAAAUCGAAGUACACCGAUUCCUGGUUCAAAUUUCCACAGAUGCAGUCGCCCUUACUGGAUGUAGAUUCUUCACCGUCAACAGAACGUUGCUACUCACGCUGGGCGGAACGGUUGUGACGUAUGUGGUGGUGAUGGUACAGUUUAGCAGCCCCUCGUCCGGAUACGCUACUAAUGAUACAGAAUUGUGCCUCAAGAUGACUGCAAGGUUACAUUAAUUCUAUUGAUGUUCAUUGUGAAGCUAUAGCAAUACUUGAAAUUUGCACGUAAAGGGUUGAAUAUAGGAAAUGUAUCUAUACGUAAAUUCAUUUACAAUUAGAAUUUGGUUUAACUACAUAUGUAAUUUGUGAUUAUAAGAGCGGUAAAUAUGUCGUUAUAUAUGAUGUGAAGCUUUUACGGCGGCUUUCAUUAAUAAAGUCUUGAAAAUGAGGGCAGAGAUGGUUCUCGAAACGUCGGCGAUUGAUCACAAACUAACACGGCUGAUAGCCCGAGAAGACUUUAUUAAUGUCGUUAGUGGUU